AUGCGCAGUUGGAGGCCUGCCUGCGGCGGGGGGGGCCCGCGCCUGCGCGGGGCCGCUACCAAGGAGGUGGGGGUGCAGGUGAACGCGCGGGUGGACGCGGCGGUGCAGUGCGCGCUGGGCGGCGCCUCCCCCGCCGCCGGAGUGGGCUCGUCCGGCCUGGCGGCGGCGCCCCCUACCGGCCAGCCCUGCGAGGGACAGGGAGCCACCGCCUCCUGCGGGUUUCCAAGGCCUGGGCCCGCCCAACAAGGAGCCUCCUCCUCCAACAAACCACUUUUCCAAUUCUUAGAACAGAAGUAUGGCUAUUUUCACUGUAAAGACUGUAACACCAGAUGGGAAAGUGCCUAUGUGUGGUGUAUUUCUGGAACUAACAAGGUUUAUUUCAAACAACUCUGUCGCAAGUGCCAGAAGAGCUUUAACCCCUAUCGAGUGGAAGCAAUCCAGUGCCAGAUGUGUUCAAAGUCUCGUUGCUCCUGCCCUCAGAAGAAGAGACACAUUGACCUGAAACGACCUCACCGCCAAGAGCUCUGUGGCCGUUGCAAAGGGAAACGAUUAUCCUGCGACAGCACCUACAGCUUCAAGUACAUUGUCUGAUGGCUAACAACUUCUAUACAGCACUUCAGAACCCCGAAACGCUCUACCUCGUCUCUGUAACCUGGCUUUGACUUUAGGUUUAUGACCUGGCACUGGAAAAUGGAUUAGACUUUAGUAUCUUUUUUUGUAACAUAACUGUACAGUGUGAAUAAAAUCAGCUCAUCUAAAACUUCA